CGGCCUGCCCCGCGCGGCCGGCCCCGGAAGUGGGCCUCGCCUCCUCGGGAGCCGUGCGUCUGUGCCUGAGCCCAGCAGGUUGGCCACGGCGGCGCAGGGUGGCGGAGCCCUAGGGGUCGGGGCUGGCCGUGCUGCCGCCAUGGCCGGGAGUCAGGACAUGUUCGACGCCAUCGUGAUGGCGGAUGAGAGGUUCCAUGGGGAAGGGUAUCAGGAAGGCUAUGAAGAAGGCAGUACUUUGGGUAUAAUUGAAGGAAGACAGCACGGCACGUUACACGGAGCUAAAAUUGGAUCUGAGAUCGGGUGCUACCAAGGUUUUGCGUUUGCUUGGAGAUGUCUCCUGCACACUUGUGCCGCUGAGAAGGACAGAGAGGCAGCCAUCGCAGCUCCGAUGAACCGAUUUGCCCUUGGCAGACUUCCUCGUGUGACGGAGGGCAGCAGGGACUGGCAGGGGCUCAGGAGCAAAAAGAUGAAGGUCUUAGAGUCGCUGAUUGGCCUGAUUGAGAAAUUCCCCUACGACGACCCCACUUACGAUAAGCUGCACGAGGACCUAGACAGGAUUCGAGGGAAGUUUAAACAGCUUUGUUCAUUACUAAACGUUCAGCCGGACUUUAAAAUUAGUGUGGAAGGUUCUGGACUUUCAUUUUGAGGAUGACAGAUGAACAAAGACGAAACAUCAAGGAACAGAUGUCCAUACGUUAAGCAUUUAAAAAUGCAAUUAAAGGCAAAACAAUGAUGGGGUAUUCAUUGUCCUGUAGGGAGGGUUCAAGUCUGGCCGGUGAAAGGACAUCUUUCCCCAAGUUCUGCCUGUGU